AUGUUUACAAGAAUAAACCUUCAUAGACUUAAUACAAAAUGGUUAUAUAUUCGUAUCAUUAAGUUAAAUUAUGCUUCCAUUUUAUUCAUACUUAUCCUAACCAUUUUUAUUGAAACAAGCAAUGCGCAACAAAGAUACAACGAUUCCAAUACAGUAACACCACCACCAGGCUAUGGAUUUGCACCAGGCUAUGGUUCAUCCCAAUAUCAACCAAGAAAUGUCAAAACCAGCGGUGAUUGCACUAAUUGUAAUCAACCAUGUUUUUGUAUAGCACAAAAAGGAGAUCAGGGUCCAGCUGGUCCAAUGGGUCCUGCAGGUGCUCGUGGAACGGAUGGUGUUCCUGGUCCCGAAGGACCUGAGGGUAUGAAAGGAGAAAAAGGUGAUCGGGGCUUACCAGGUCUACCUGGUCAAAAAGGUGACAGAGGUCGCUCCGGUGAACCAGGAAUGCCAGGCCAUCCCGGUUUACCUGGUCUUCCAGGUCCAAGAGGACCCGAAGGUUUACCUGGUCGUGAUGGUUGUAAUGGAACAAGAGGAGAUGCUGGUCGACCAGGAUAUAAUGGACAGCCCGGUCGUCCCGGUGAACCUGGUGAACCUGCACAAGCUUUACCUGGAUUCAAAGGCGAAAUUGGAGAAAUGGGACCUCCUGGUCUUCCUGGUGCUGCUGGUCCUUCUGGCAAUUCUGGCAUACCAGGAACUCCAGGUACCGUUGGCUUUCCUGGACGUGAAGGUACAAAGGGCGAUCGAGGUGACUCAGGUCGUCCAGGUAACGCUGGAGUUGGACUUAGUGGUGAAAAAGGUCAAAAAGGAGAACCAGGAUCAUCUGCUCCAUAUAAUCCACCAUCUAUUGCGGAAAUACAAGGUAACUACAGUUAUGCUCCAAUAUCAAUUCCUGGUGCUCCCGGUCAAAAGGGUGCUAUGGGACAUAAAGGAGAACCUGGAGAGAUUGGUUAUCCAGGUGCACCUGGUUCUGCUGGACCACCAGGUUUAACCGGUGAGAAGGGUGUACCAGGUCCUGUUGGACCACGUGGUUCUACUGGAAUGCCUGGUCAAGCUGGUUUUCCUGGACAAGCAGGUGAUCGCGGUAGCCCUGGUUAUCCUGGACAACCAGGUAGUCCUGGAAGACCUGGUUCGAAUGGAUUAGCAGGAGAAAAAGGUGAUCGUGGUUUUCCUGGUAUGCCUGGCAUGUGUUUACCUGAUUCACACGGUGAUGCUUCUCCUGGACAAGCUGGACCAACAGGACCUAAAGGAGAACGCGGUCCACCCGGAGCACCUGGCUAUCCAGGCCCAUCAGGUGUCCCUGGAUCUCAAGGUCCAAAAGGUGAUCGUGGCUUCGAUGGAUUACCUGGUAGUCCUGGUCAACCUGGUCGUGAUGGUAUAAAAGGAGAUAAAGGAGAUGGUGGACGACCUGGUGAUCCUGGAGCAUCUGGAUUCCCAGGCCCUCAAGGUUAUCGUGGAGCCAAAGGUGAACCAGGUCCAAAAGGUGAACCUGGUCGCUCAAUUCCUGGCCCACCUGGUAUUGAUGGUUAUCCAGGUCAAUCUGGUCUUCCUGGAACAAAAGGUGACCGUGGUCUUCGUGGUCUUCCUGGUUUACCUGGUAAUUCAACUGCUGGUGCUGGUUUACCUGGUCCUCAAGGACCUGUUGGUCCUCCUGGUACAUCUGGUGCACCGGGCUUUCAAGGUAUUGCUGGUAUGAAAGGCUCUAAAGGAGAUCGAGGUCUUGAAGGUGUAUGUGGUGCUCGUGAUGGUUUAAAAGGUAGCAAAGGUGAACCAGGCUUUCCAGGAGAAUCAGGCACACCUGGUCAACGUGGUACAUCAGGAGAAAAAGGUGAUCGAGGUGAUGUCGGUCCACAAGGUUAUCCUGGUAAUGUUGGUCCAGCUGGUUUACCCGGUCGUAAUGGUAACGAUGGUACUCCAGGCGAAAAAGGAGAUAGAGGAGAACCAGCUCGUGCUCCAACAGUACAGGGAAUGUCUGGAGAAAAAGGAACACCAGGACUUCCCGGUUUGAAAGGUGAUCGUGGAGAAAAAGGUGCACCGGGUUACAGUGGUCGAGAUGGUCAACCAGGUGCAAUGGGAAUAGCGGGAUCAAAAGGUGAUUCUGGCUAUCCAGGACAACCAGGCCCACCAGGUAGCCCAGGUCCAAUGGGUGAUAUUGGUCCACCAGGUGCUACAUUGCCAGGUGAACGAGGUGAAAAGGGUAUUCCAGGUCCUGUUGGUAUUCCUGGUCCACACGGUUCGCCCGGUGCGAAAGGAGAACCAGGCCGAGCUGCACCACAAGGAAUCUCAUCAAUGCCAGGUCCACAGGGAGAAAAAGGUGAUCGUGGAUUAGCAGGUAUUUCAGGAACUCCAGGACUUCAAGGUCCAAAUGGUUUACCAGGAUUACCGGGAACACCUGGUCUUAAAGGAGAAGCAGGUCUACCAGGAAUGCCUGGCCUUCCAGGACCAAAAGGCAUUACAGGUUAUCGUGGAGAACCAGGCAUUGUCGGUCGUGAUGGAACACCAGGUCUUCCAGGUUCUAAAGGAUUUGAUGGAGCACCAGGUUUACCAGGUCGUCCAGGAGACAAAGGUGAACCAGGACUUCCAGGUCCAGGCUUUCCAGGUAUCCCUGGUCCUGUUGGUCCUUCUGGUGAUCGUGGAUUUCCAGGCUUACCUGGUCCACCUGGCGAGAUUGGAAUAUCAGGAUUAAAAGGAGACUCUGGUUUACCUGGUGUCAAUGGUCUACCAGGACCAAUUGGUAUGAAAGGUGAUCGUGGAGAACCGGGUCUUGGUGGAGAAAAAGGUGAUCGAGGACAACCAGGUACACCCGGUAUUGAUGGCUUGCCAGGACUUCCAGGACCAAUUGGCCCACCAGGUCCCCCAGGUCUAGCUGGAGAAAAAGGUUCUAGUGGAUUACCUGGACCUAAUGGUCAACCAGGUUUACCAGGCUUUCCAGGAAUGAAAGGUGAACGUGGCUUAAAUGGUGGUCCAGGAUUGAACGGAGCACCUGGUUUACCAGGUGAAAAAGGUGUUCCGGGUUUUCCAGGCACAUCAGGACCAAAUGGAUUACCAGGCCUUCCGGGUACUUCAGGAACAAAAGGAGAUCGAGGUCUCGCUGGCUUACCAGGACAAGCAUGUACUUCAUGUAUUCCAGGUCAACGAGGAGAUCGAGGUUUAUCAGGCAAUCCUGGCCUUCCAGGUCAAAAAGGAGAACCAGGUAGUGCAGCUGCACGUGGACCAGCAGGCGAACGUGGUCCACCAGGCCUUCCAGGCGCACCAGGUCUUCCAGGACUUCCGGGUAAAGAUGGAUUACCGGGUCUUCCAGGUGCUAAAGGAGAACGUGCUAUUGGUCAAACUGGUAUCAAAGGAGCUAUUGGUGAACCAGGCUUUCCAGGACCAGCUGGUAUUCCAGGAACACCUGGUGAACGUGGAUUCCCCGGUAGUAAUGGACUUCCUGGUACACCGGGUGAACGAGGUUUACCUGGACCUAGUGGAUUACCAGGCGCACCUGGACUACCUGGUAUUGCUGGACAAAAAGGUGAUAAUGGAUAUAGUGGAUUACCAGGACCUAAAGGAGAAGCAGGCCCAGCAGGCUUAAAUGGACCACCAGGCAUGAAUGGUAUUCCGGGAACCAAAGGUGACACAGGUUUACCAGGUCGAGAUGGUGGUGAAGGUUUUCCAGGUGCUAAAGGAGAUCGUGGUCUUAAUGGAUAUCCAGGUGUAGCAGGAGCUAAAGGUGCUGCAGGUGUACCAGGUUUACCAGGUCCUUCCGGACUUCCAGGUGCCCCAGGACCUGCAGGCUUAAAUGGUGCUUCAGGACAAAAAGGAGACGCUGGAAUACCAGGUUUACCAGGUUCUAAUGGACCACCGGGAUUGAAUGGAGCACCUGGUCUUCCUGGAGAUGCUGGCUUACCAGGUUUAUCAGGUCAAAAAGGUGACCCAGGUUAUGCUACACCGGGAAUGAAAGGUGAACCAGGAUCAAGUGGUCGCGAUGGUUUACCAGGUCUUCCAGGAGAGAAAGGAAAUCCAGGUUAUGUUGGUUCACCUGGUAAACCAGGUCGAGAUUGUGAUGUACCUAUUCCUGGACAAAAAGGUGAUGCAGGUCUUUCAGGCCUUCCUGGCGCUCCAGGUUUACAAGGUCCACCUGGUUCAAUGGGUAAAGAUGGUCUUCCUGGUACUGCUGGUUUACCAGGUAUGCCUGGCGCUAAAGGUCGUGAUGGAUUACCAGGUAACAAUGGUUUACCAGGUCUUCCAGGUGAUCGUGGCUUUGCUGGAAUGCCAGGACAACCAGGUUUACCUGGAGAGAGAGGAAAUAAUGGAUUCCCAGGCAAUCCAGGACUUCCCGGACAAAAAGGAGAUCGUGGUCUUGAUGGUCGACCUGGUGCUCCCGGAUUAUCUGGUGCACCUGGUCUAAAAGGCGAUUGUAUUCAACCACAAGCAGUUGUUAGUCGUCCCGGUCUCAAAGGAGAACCAGGUCUACCAGGAUUGUCAGGUUUACCCGGACUUCAAGGACCAGCAGGUCCACCUGGUUCACGAGGAGAAAAUGGUCCACCAGGACAACCCGGUCAACCAGGCUUACCAGGUUAUGUUGGACCAAAAGGAGAACGUGGUACACCAGGUCUCCCAGGUGUUAGUGGUAUUGCUGGUCCACCAGGUGCUGGCGGUCCUCCUGGUCCAGCAGGUCCUGGUCUUCAACGAACUGGCUUUAUGGUUGUACGUCAUUCACAAUCCGCACAAGUACCAGAAUGUCCAUCAGGCAUGAUUAAAUUAUGGGAUGGUUAUAGUUUACUUAUGAUGCAAGGCAAUGAUCAUGGUUAUCAUCAAGAUCUUGGCUCGGCUGGUUCAUGUCUUCAGAAAUUUUCUGCAUUACCAUAUUUACGUUGUGAUCAUACAAAUGUUUGUUAUUAUGGUCAAACAAAUGAUUUAACAUAUUAUUUAUCAACAACAGAACCAAUGCCAAUGAUGCCUGUUCAACGUGAACAAAUUCGACCAUAUAUAUCACGUUGUGCUGUAUGUGAAGCACCAGCUAAUGUUAUGUCAUUCCAUAGUUUAUCAAUGACACCACCACCAUGUCCAAAUGGAUGGAAUAUCCUAUGGCAAGGUUAUAGUUUUGUUAUGCAUCUUGGUCGUGGUGCACAAGGCGGUGGUCAAUCAUUAUCAAGUCCUGGUUCAUGUCUGGAAGAUUUUCGUGCAACACCAUUUAUUGAAUGUUCAGGAACAGAUGGUAAUUGCAUGUAUUAUGCAAAUAAAUUCAGCUAUUGGAUGACAGUUAUUGAUCAAAAUAAUCAAUUUGAAGUUCCACGUCAAGAAACAUUAAAAUCGGGUAAUCAUAGAAAUAAGAUAAGUCGUUGUACGGUAUGUUUGAAAACACAACAAAGUGGUACUGGACAAGGCGGUUAUCAAAAUGGGAAUUAUUAUGUUGGACAAACAUUAAAGAAACAUUAA